CCACUGGUGGGCCGGGAGCUUCCCGCCUCGCUUUCAGCCAAUCAGAGAUCAGAUCUAGGGGGCGGGGCGCUGGGGCGGGGCCUGGCCGGAGCCGGAGCAGAAUGGGCCUGUCUGAGCAAGUUCCCCUGGCUCAGGACAGUUUUCUUGGUUGCUGUGACAAAAGUCGUACGCUGCCGUGUCUCGCGGCGUGAUUUUUGCAUCGUCCUUGCUUCUCCGGGCCUUGGGCGAGUUGAGGGUGCUGGACCUGGAGCCGGUGAAGCGGCUUUCUCCUUUGUCACAGCCCAGAGUGUGGUGGAGCAGCUGGGGUAACUUUGCCUCACUGUAACCCUCUUAGCAGGAAUGAGGCAAUUGUGUCCCUCCCCUUAACCCUCCGGCCCAGAAACAAAAGCACCCCAGGGAAUUGAAUUUGCCCCUGGAAUCUCAUGCUGGGAGAAGAGGCGUGGUGUCAGCCAGAGUAGAAACUUGUUUCCGGGAAAGAAAUUUCACACAGAUCACCUCGCAAGGAUGAAGCCUGGAUAGUGAUGGAUGGGGCCUCAACCUUGAUCUUGACUGUUCAGUUCUUUAGGACAAUAACCACAGUCUAACUGCCUCUCUGAGAGGGUCCCUGCUUCCCUGCUCAUCUGUGAUGCGAUCCCCUAGCAACGGUUUCCGUGACAUGCAAACAUUCUACUGGCAAAUUGCUCAGGACACCCACACACUGGGGUGUUUCCUGGGAACUGAUCUUGGAUUUGAGAUUUCCUCUUGAUCUCAGGUCCCAUCACCUCUUCCUGAGUGCUAUACAGAAACAUCCCUUGGCAGCACGUGGGUCACCAUUAGUGGAUCUGUAACAUGCUUUCCAGCAUGUCAAGGCCACUCCAGUCUUUAAAUCACUCAGAUCAAGGGAGGCUUGCUAAUAGCCAAACCCAAGAGGCCUGUGAGGUGAAGCCGUCAGAAGCCGGGCACCUGUCACAUCUGUCAGCUCAAGAAAAUGUCCCAGUGGCCUGUUUUGAUCCACCUCUUGAAGUGUUUCCUACCAGGAACCCAAUCAUAUACGACAAAAAGAGAGCUGACCCAGUCCAUCCUGACCUUGCCGGCUUGUUGGUGAAAAACAAGACUCUUUUAGCUGAGCUGAGAAAUCUUCAAAGCAAACUUUUAAUAAAAGAAACUUCAUUGCAAGAAAUGAAGACUGAGUUACAGAGUUACAAAGAAAGUAACGCCCAGCAGUCGCUACAGAUAAUGUCCCUGAGAGAUGACAUCAAGAACCUUCAGGACCUCAUUGCUUCUCUGAUGAAAAUUAAGGUUUUGAAAAACACAAAUUCUCAGAAUCUUGGAAGAGGCAGCUGGGACCUAACUGAGAGAGUUAUAGACCUAGAGAACCGCCUAAGAGAACAUCUGGUGGAAAGAGAGAAGUCAGGGCGGAAGGCAGACCUGGAGAAAAGGUGGCCCUGCUCCGGCAGAUUCUCUCCCUGUAUGAAUCUGAAAGAACCAGAAAAUUCCUUGGAUAUUUUCCCUGUGAAGGACAAAGGUGAAGCCUCCAUCUUUGAGAGAGACAUUGUUUACUCUGAAGGACCAAUUGAUGGGCAAAACAUUGGUGGUAAAUGUCAACAAGAUUUGAUCCACAAAGAAAAACUAAUAUCUGGGUUCAACAGACCCCCAUAUUCCUGCAGCUGGGAAACCACUGAGCAAUCCCGUCACCAGGAUUUCCUUGGUCAGUUGGCUACUCUUUUGAGUGACAGCAUUGGCCCUAUACUAGCCACAGAGGAGGCAGUGAAAGAGAGGAUCCAGGAGAUAGGUGCAAAUGAACAGUUGUGGAAAUCUAAAACUGAAGCCCUGCAGCAGGAAAUUCAGACACUCACAAAGAAACUGGAGCAGUUGUACCUCCUUUAUGAAGAAGCUGCUGAAAGGUCUCCUCAUACUGAAGCAAGUUAUACGGGACAGAAAAGGCCCUUGCAGCAUCUGGAAGGACAGGCUGCUGUCAACUCCAUUCUUUUAGACAUGGGCAGGAAGAAAGAAAACUACAGGACUCGGUCUGUCCAGACAGAUAAACACAGGAAGUUCAAACAGUUAGACAUGUUAUUGGAUUUUGAGCAGAAUUCGAAGAUGGCCACCCCAAAAAUGGAGGAGAAAAUUCAGAGACUCCAGAAGCAGCUUAGUGAUUUGAAACUGUCAAAUAAAAAUAUGAAAACUCAACUGACAAGAAUAAAUGUCCUUAAGGACAAGACAAUUGAGAGGCUCAGGCAAUCUGUAACAAAAGUUGAAACUGUGAACGAGAGGACAGCUGCCAAAGCAGACAACUUGAAAACCCCAUCAGACUCUGCGGAGCAGGCAGCGAGAUCAGAGAAGGAGAGGGUCUACCAGAUGCCAGCCCGGGGCCCUCCUGAGCACUCCACCACCAGGAGCACACUGAAGGGGGUCUCAGGACGAGAGCAAGAGCUUGCAGACUUUCGAGAAACCAUUAUGAAGAUGCUGGGAUUUAACAUGAAGACAGCAGACAAGGAAGCCAUUAAUCAACUGAAGCUUGUCAUCCAAGUUUAUGAAAUCUCCAACAGAUCAAAGGCAACUUCGCACUGUGAGACCAGACAGGACAAGUGA